AUGGCUGGUUUCGCAGACGUUGAGAAGAUGUCAAUGGAAGACAUGAUGAGUAACGAUCCCACUCUUGUGAGCAACGGCAUUGCAGACGAAGCCAAUGGAGAAAAGCCCAACCCACCAGAGCGACACGGCAGUCCUUUACCAUCUUCAUGGAUACCAUUGUACAGGAAACCGCAGCGUACACCGACGCGAAAGCUGCGCAUUGCCUGUAUAGGUGCCGGGAUAUCUGCCAUGAAUCUAGCCUAUAAGAUCUACCACGAAUGGAAAGACACCUUGGGGGAUCAUACAGAGUUGGUCGUCUAUGAGGCCAAUGAGGAAUUGGGCGGGACGUGGUUGGUCAAUACCUAUCCUGGUGUGGCGUGCGACGUCCCAGCACACAUCUACUGUUUCCCCUUCGAGCCCAACCCGGAUUGGAGUGCUUACUACGCCAGCGGACCAGAGAUAUUGGAAUACUUCAAAAGAACCGUGGCCAAGUACAGGUUAGAUCGGGAUGUCAAGACUGGCCAUCGUGUGUCACACGCUCAGUGGGAUGAAGACAAAGGGAAAUGGAGCCUCCGAUUUGAUACUCGUGCGGGUGCCGUGGAAGAUUCUUGUGAUAUCCUCAUCUCUGCGGUAGGCUUCCUUUCUAAAUGGCGCUGGCCUUCCAUUGCCGGACUCCACGACUUCAAAGGCGACCUCAUGCACUCGGCAUCCUGGGACCACAACUUCAAUGCCAAAGGCAAAAGAGUAGCAGUCAUUGGAAAUGGAAGCUCCGCGAUACAGAUCAUUCCGCAACUCGUCGAAGACGCUGCCCAUCUCUCCAACUUCAUUCGAAACUCCACGUACAUCACUCCAGGCCUCGGUUCUGCCAUCAUUGGCGGACAGACACAGUACUACUAUACCGACGACGAGAAACGCCGCUUCCGAGAGAAUCCAAUCGAGUUACGGGACUAUAGACGGCAAAUACAAGCCUCCUCUAACCGUGCCUUCGACAUGUUCGUGAAAGAUUCACCUGCACAGCGCGCGGGUCGAAAGGCUACAGCAGACCAGAUGAAAGCCAAACUCGACAACAACGAAGAUCUUGCCGCCAAGCUCACCCCAGAAUACGAAGUCGGCUGUCGACGUGCCACUCCCGGGCCGGGCUAUCUCGAAUCUUUCAAGCGAGACAAUGUUUCUCUCGUCACCGAUUCCAUCGAAUGCAUCACACCCACAGGCAUUCGCACCAAGACGGGGGAAGAUCUCGCAUUCGAUGCAAUCAUUUGUGCAACUGGCUUCGAUGUGUCGCACCGACCGCCCUUCCCGCUCAUCGGCCGCAACCAAGUUUCGCUCUCGGACCAGUGGAAGGACGAACCUACCUCUUACCUCUCCCUCUGUGUGGCCAACUUCCCCAACUUCUUUACCUUUUCCGGCCCCAAUGCUCCGGUCGGGCAUGGCUCCCUCAUGGCAGGCCUGGGCUGGUCGGCAGACUACAUGUGCCAGUGGAUCCAGAAGGUCGCGGAAGAAGACAUCAAGAGCGUAGAAGUCAAGGGCGAGGCUGUGGAAGAAUUCAAUGCUUACAGUGACGAGAUCAUGCAAACUCUGGCUUGGAGUGGAGGAUGUCAUUCGGUACGUGUCGUAUUGUCUCUUCCCUUCCCGCACCGAGUCCGAGAAGCAUUGGCUGACCGAAUGGAAUUUGAAACAGUGGUACAAGAAUCAUCGGAAAGACGGGCGCGUCACCGCAGUGUGGGCGGGCAGCGUCAUCUCCUACCGAGACAUGAUCUUGACUCUGAGACCGGAAGAUUUCGAUAUCGCGUACCGAUCGCGCAACAGAUUCCGCUUCAUGGGGAAUGGGAGGACGUGGAGGGAAUAUGAUCCCGAAGCGGAUCUGGGGUGGUAUCUGGAGAAGUGA